AUGGGAUCGAAAACGUUAUUUUUGACUAUAGGAAUGUUAAUAAGUGGUGUUUGCAACACCAUUUUAAACAAAUAUCAGGAUAUGGCGUGUGUUAAAGACUGCGAUAAAAAAAAUCCAGAAUACUUUGAACAACCCAUAUGGCAAACUUUUAAUAUGUUUGUUGGAGAAACGAUGUGUUUCGUAUUAGUUUAUGCAAUUUUAGUUUGGGAAUAUCAUCAAUCUAGAAGUUAUGCUCCUUUGGCUUCCGAUGGUACUGUGACAGAUGGUUCCGAGGAUAUUACUGUUGUAGAUGAAGACGAUGAAAUAAUUAAAGUUGAUGAUGAAUUUCAUGGUGCUACUGAAGAAUUAACCGGAUGGCGUGUAUUUUUGUUUGGUUUGCCUACAUUAUGCGAUAUUUGUGGCACUACACUUAUGAACGUCGGAUUGAUCUAUACAUCGGCAUCAGUUUAUCAAAUGCUUCGUGGAGCAGUUGUAUUAUUUACCGGUUGUUUCUCUGUAUUAUUCCUUCGUCGACAUCUCCACGCAUACCAUUGGUAUUCUCUAUUUCUUGUGGUUUUAGGUGUUUCGAUUGUUGGCAUGAGUAGUAUUUUAUUCCCUUCUGUAAAGGUAUUGGGAUCUAGUGAAAAUCUUUCUGUUAAUGAAACAGAAAUCAUUUCAUCAACUGAUCCUACACAUUCUAUUAUUAUAACGGAUUCAAAUAGCGCUUAUGAUAAUAAAAAUUCUACUACUGACGCUUUUAUUGGAGUUUUCUUUGUUCUAUUCGCUCAAAUUUUUACAGCGAGCCAAUUUGUUAUUGAAGAGAAAAUUAUGGAAAGAUAUCGUGUUAAACCUUUACGUGCAGUUGGACUUGAAGGAAUUUUUGGACUUUUAACAGUUUUAUUUGGAGCUACGAUAUUAUAUUUCAUCAUAGGAAUACAUCAUCCUGAUGGUUAUUUUGAUAUUCCAGCAGGAUGGAACCAGAUCAUUUCUUUUAAACAAAUUUGGAUUACAGGGAUUGCUAUCUGCUUUUCUAUCGCAUUUUUCAAUUUCUUUGGUUUAUCGGUUACUAGAAGGUUAAGUGCCACUGCAAGGUCUACUAUUGAUACCUCUCGUAUCGUAUUAGUUUGGACGGUUUCACUCUUUCUUGGUUGGGAAAGUUUCUCUUGGCUUCAAGUUAUUGGAUUUGUUGUUCUUGUAUUGGGUACAUUCACAUUCAAUAAUGUUAUAAAUCCACCACCUUUUUUCUCAGUCCCUACACCAGAUUCACGAGAAUCUCGACCUUUAUUGCCUGAAGAUCAUGAACAUAAUUAA